GUCAAAGUUUAUAUGAAGGAAUAGAAAAGACCAAUACUUUAUGGUAUUCUGUAAAAUGCACGGUAGCUUCCAAUCAGCUCCAUGAACUGUGAACUGACCUCCAAACUGUCCCCAAUCUUUUUUGUAGGGGGAGGGGGGUUGAAGUGUUUUUAGGGUCACAGCUAAGCUGCUACAGCAAAGAGACUCUAGAGGGGCCUAAACAUGAUGAAAUUCAUCUCUUAAACACAGAUCAGGCAGGGCUUCCUUGGUGGCUCUGCGGCAAGGAAUCCACCGGCCAAGGCAGGGGACACGUGCUCAGCCCCUGGUCUGGGAGGAUCCCACAUGUCCCGGAGCAGCUACCCUGCGCAGCGGAGCCCGGGCGCUGCGCGCGCGGCGCCCACGGGCGGCAGCGACGCCAGCCCGCGCGCCCCCAGCCCCGGCUCCGCGAGGGCGGCCACCGCACGGAGAAGCCCGCGCACCGGCUAGAGCAGCCCCCGCGCACCUCAGCUACAGAAAAGCCCGCACAGUGACGAUGGCCCAGCACAACUGAAUAUAAAGACAUGAAAAGUUUAUCUUCAUCUUAAAAACAACAACAACGAAAAUGGAACUGAACAUUCUUUUAGUAUUAUCUGAUCUAAACAAUGUCUUCUCUUAAGGAACUGAUUUGCAGAUAUGCAUUUUUGUGAGGCAUGUGGGAUCCUAGUUCCCCCACCAGAGACGGAACCCAUGGCCCUUACAGCAGAAGCAGAGCGUCUUAACCGCUGGACUGCCAGGUCUCAGGCACAAGGUACUGUGCUUCAGUUGCUGUUGGACUGAGUGAUCCUGAGAUACAUUUGGACAAACUUUGGCAUCUGGACUCAAUAAUUUCCAAAGCCCCCAAAUUGUUCACAGACAACAUGCAGGUGACUUUCUGCAGACUUUGGACCCAUCAGUGGUGUUUCAUCCUGUUUAAUGUUAUUCUAUUUCAUGCCUUGCUUUUUGGGGCUGAUUUUGUGGAAGAAUAUUUCCUGCAUGCUUUGCCUUAUGUAGAUGUGAAAGUUCUUGAAAUUAAGGAUAAGGCAAGAAAAUUGAACACGGAGCCCUUGAGAAGCAAUCUUUCCAAAUACUAUAUCCUGAGCCAGUCGGAGGUGUGUAAAGGAAAGAGCAUAUUUUUGCUCUCUCUUAUAUUCAGUAGCCCAGAAAAUGGAACAAGGCGGGAUCUCAUCAGGAAAACCUGGGGUAACGUGACCAGUGUCCGAGGGCACCCCAUUCUCACACUAUUUGCUUUGGGAAUGCCUGUUUUGGUGACCACUCAGCAAGACAUAGACAAAGAGUCCCAAAAGAAUAAUGACAUAAUUGAAGGCAUCUUCUUGGACAGUUCUGAGAACCAGACUCUGAAGAUCAUCACCAUGAUGCAGUGGGCUGUGACUUUCUGCCCUAAUGCCCUGUUUAUCCUAAAGGUUGAUGAAGAGAUGUUUGUCAAUAUACCAAGCUUGGUGGACUACCUUCUCAAUCUGAAAAAACACCUUGAAGAUAUCUACGUUGGAAGAGUUAUCCAUCAGGAUACACCCAACAGAGACCCUAAUAGCCAAGAAUUUGUCCCUUUCAGUGAGUACCCAGAAAAGUACUACCCAGAUUACUGCAGCAGGGAGGCCUUUGUUAUGUCCCAAGAUGUGGCUCGGAUGAUGUAUGUAGUUUUCAAAGAAGUACCCAUUAUAGUGCCUGCUGAUGUGUUUGUAGGCAUUUGUGCGAAGUCCAUUGGCCUUAUACCCACCCACAGUUCAAGGUUUUCUGGGAAAAGGCACAUCAGAUACAACAGAUGUUGCUAUAAGUUCAUUUUCACAUCCUCAGAACCUACAGAUGCUGAAAUGCCCCUGGCAUGGAAGGAAAUUAACAGUGGAAAAGAAUGUACGCUGCUUGAAACCUAUUAUGGGCUUGUCUCCUGCAAACUUCUGACAUAUCUUGACAGCUUUAAACGCUUUCACAUGGGUACCAUAAAAAAUAAUGCCAUGUCUUAUGAUGACUAGGGUUUCUUUGUUUUUCUUCAGAGUGUGUUCUUUUAAAAUUACCUCCAACCUUGUUACAGAAAAUGUCCCUCCUUCCUUGUGUUUUUUAUGUAGUUUCUCUGAAUCUGUAAUUGUACUUGGCAAGUUGCAAAGUGUCUUAUUGCUCUGAUGUACUACACUAAAUUGAGAUCUCAUUUUAAGAAAUUUAAAUCGGUGUAACACGAUUCUCUUCAAAAUAAAACCUUCU